AUUAGGUGCAGCACGACCAUGGGUGGAUUCCAGUGCUGACAUGCAUAACAUUCAGGGCUCUAAUAGAGAUUCGUAUAAUGAUUCUGUUCCUGAAAAGGGCAUUGGUACAUCCUAUGGAGGCAAUGAAUAUGGCUCUGAUCUUUCAAGGAAUUCAGGUUUGGGUAUUGGAAGAGCUGGUGGCAGGACCUCUGAGUUAGCACGUGACAAAGCUUGGUACAAAGCAGGCAGCAAUGCUGCAGACAUGAUGUCUGCCCAAAGGAAUGGUUUCAGUCUCAAGCGUAGCUUAUCAAAUCAUGAAGCACCAAAGUCCAUCAACUUGGAUGAACAUAAUCAACCAACACAAACCAUGACUGGCAUAAAGAGUAGUGUCUUGUCAAGUAGCUGGAAAAAUUCUGAGGAAGAGGGAGUACAUGUGGGAUGAGGUGAAUGCUGGACUGAGUGAGCAUGGUGCAUCCAAUGCCUCUAACAACUUGAGCAAAGAGUGUUGGACUGCUGAUGAAGACAAUUUGGCAGUUGGAGGUCACCUUCAAAGGACGUUGCAUGAAGAUAGAGAUGUGUCCACCGAAAUGAAACGCACCUUUGGUCAUCCUUGGAAAUCACAGCAGCAGCAGUCAUUUGAUGAGCUGAAUCGUAGGCCAUGUCCUUCAGAAGGCAUUGGAUCUGCUCUUGGAAGGUUGCCAAACAUUGUGAAUUCUUCUAAUGUCAAAAUGGGAAAUCGGCCUUUCUUGUCAAAUGCCACAUUAGGAUCAGUAGGAACAGUGCGACAACAGCAGUCUCAUUCUGUAGGAGCAGAGUCUCCUUGGGAGUCACCUUUGCGACAGCAGUCUCCAUCACCAUCAGUCAAUGUGCCCCAUCCUCAUGAAAUGCAGAUCUUGGCAGAGCAAGACCAUCCACAGACUCUUAAAACGUCUCAAUUUUCAGGACGUUUACGGAGCCAAGAUAUUCGAGAUUCAUCAUCUGUCCUUCCACGUAAUGUUCAGGCUGGUAACUCUCAGAGAUCACAUCAAAAAGACUUGCAAGGUCCAUUGUCUUCAGUGUCUACUUUUCAGCCACGACAUCAUAGUGCAGCUUCACAGCCACAGGAUCUUGGUUCCAAUAGUGAAGUGCCUGAGAUGAAGGGAAAGAUGACCCACUCUAAAGAAACUUCAGAGCAGUCAACUACAAGUUCUAUGUUAGCUGCAGUUAUGAAGAGUGGAAUUUUUACAAGUGGUCAGCAUGGCAUAAGUUUCUUGGAUAGGAGGAACCUUCCAUCAAAGUCCGGGGUUCAGCCUGCCCGGCCAAGUGGAUCAUCUCCUACAACAUCAGUUUCUUCAGGGCCUGGGGUUGCGUCUCCAUCUCGAUUAGGUCCUUCUAAUGAUGGCCUAUCUACUCUGUCAAAAGAAUCUCAAGGAAAGGUUGGAGCCCCAUCAAGGCUGCCUGCGCUCCCACCAGCUUCCUCUACUGUGAGUAGUGCCUCAGCCAAGACAUCAAGUGCCACUAAUAAUAAAUCUGAUCCAGUUUCAAACCUUUUAAACUCAUUAGUUGCAAAGGGUUUGAUUUCUGCAAAAACAGAUUCAUCUACUGAGGUGCCAGCUGAGGUGCUGAUUCGAUUGGAAGAUCAGAGCCAAAGCAUCACCACCAGUGGCACCUUGCCAGCUGUUUCAGUUACUGGUUCUGAAACUGUUCCUGUCAUAUCUACCGGAGAUGAUCAGCCUGCAAAAGGUUCCUCCAGCCAAUCAACCCCUACAGAAAUAAAAAAUCUAAUUGGCUUUGAGUUUAAGCCCAGUGUGAUCCGGGAAUUGCAUUUACCUGUGAUCAGAGAACUAUUGGAUGAUUUCCCUCAUCAUUGCAGUAUUUGUGGCCUUAGGCUUAAACAUCAAGAACAAUUUAAUAGACACUUGGAGUGGCAUGCUAUGAGAGAAAGAGAACAAAAUGAUAUAUUGAAGGCCUCAAGGAGAUGGUAUUUGAGAUCAAGUGACUGGGUUGAUGGCAAGGAUGAAGUUUCAUCUGAGUAUGAGGGUAUUGAUUCCAUAGAUUUACAUGGCAAUAAAUCAAACAGAAGUGAAGAGGAUGCUAUGGCUCCAUCUGAUGAAGAUCAGUGCUUAUGUAUGCUGUGUGGUGAGCUAUUUGAAGAUGUUUAUUGUCAAGAAAGGGAUGAGUGGAUGUUCAAAGGGGCGGUUUACCUACCUGUCUCCAGUAGUGAUAGUGAGACGGAUACUAACAUCAGUAGUGAAAGGGGCCCCAUUGUUCACACUUGGUGCUUAUCAGAGAGCUCCAUAUCUAACGUUCUUGCAAAGGAACAGGAUUAGGGUUUUGUUUUAGAUCAUCUGAGCAAUGUUGUCGUCGUCAGAAGCCUUCAAAGAGUACUCAGGUUUACCCUGCAUUUACUUGAUUUUCGUGGCUGUUCGGUGCUAAAAUGGAUUGAUGAUUGCCUCUAACUGGGCUUAGAGCCAUCAAACAAAUUUUGUGCUUUUUCUUGCUUGCUUUCUUCUCUCUCGCCCUUCUUCUUCUUCUUCUUCUUUUUUUUUUUUUGCUUUUUUUUUUUUUUGGUCUUGUAGCUCGGGGGAAAAUUUCAUGGUAUUCAAUAUAUAAAUGGCAGAAAGUUUUUGCAGCUCAGCUUGCCCAUUGACGUGGUUGUAUUCCUUUAUUUUACGAUGGCUUAGUGGAUUUGCACUUUAGCAGCAUCUGGUGCUAAUACAAGCCAGAGCAUUUGCAGCCAUACUCAUCACAAUUGCCAGAUGGGCCUCCUCUGUAUCUCCCAACAGCAACGACUGGGCUUCCUGCCUUCUCCUGUUACCCUUUUCUUAUUCUGUGCGCGCUCAUGCGUGUAUCUCACUUCCAGUGAAAGGGGCGAGGGGGCAUUGAUUCUGUGCUGGGAUAAAAUAAUAGCUGUGUUCUUAUCACCUAGCCUCAACUAACUUGUGUUGAUUGGAUUGUGGUCCUUUAUCUUACGCAGAAGAGAGAUUGUCGGUUGUGAAUUUGGCUGUUUGAAGUUAAUUUACUUGUAUAUGUGUUUCGUUUUUCAUUUUUUA